GCCAAUCAAAAGCAAAGGAAAGCACCGCAGGGGUGGGGGAAAUGUCUUGUUGAGUCAGGUGACCUAAUAGCUGUCAUAUGUGUCCAGCUAUUUGGUCUGUAACGAUGAGACGCCGCGUUUCCUCUCAAACACACCCGUCUGAUUCAUGAGCUGAGGGAUCAGCUCACGUUCUUGUAAAGAAAGCCCCCGGCUCGGAGUAAAAAAAUGACCGCCGCAGCAAACAGAGAGGAUUCUUUUCCUUCCCGGAGCGUCUUUGAGCUGGAUUACAGCUCCACGUCAGUACGGCUGCAGCUCGUCGGGCUCGGCUUCGGCUUCUACGCCCUCGUCUUCCUCCUGUCUCACUUCCUCUCUGUCCUGCUGUCACACACGUACCGCUCUCUGUCCUCUAAAGAGAAGGUGUUCUGGUGUUUGGCGGCGACGCGGGCGGUUUUUGGUGUCCAAGGCUCGUGGGCAGGGUUACGCGUGCUGAUGGAGGACGGCCCCGUGUCCAGCGAUAAGGUCCUAGGACAGACGGGCUGGUCCUGGUUCACCGUGCUGACCGCCUGCGGGUUCUUCACGUUUGAGAACGUAGCGCUGCACGGCUCCAACCUGGUGUUCCGCUCCUUCGAUGCUCCGCUCGCAGCUCAUCAUGCCUUCGCCCUGGCUGGAUACAGCGGCACCGUGCUAUACAGGGACAUGGGACACUUCCUGCCUGUCCUCACACUGCUGCUGGAGAUGAGCACGCCCUUCACCUGCAUCUCCUGGAUGCUGCUCAAGGCCGGUUGGUCUCGCACUCUGAUGUGGAGAGCGAAUCAGUGGUUGAUGAUCCACAUGUUCCACUGCCGCAUGGUGUUGACGUACUACAUGUGGUGGGUGUGCUGGUGUAACUGGUCCGAGUUGUGUGUGAAUAUCCCUCUGCCUCAGCUCCUCAUCUUCCUCGUGGGCUUGGUGCUCCUCACGCUCAUAAUGAACCCUCUGUGGCUGCACAAGAAGACCAUGCAGCUCCUCAACCCCGUCGACUGGAACUUCAGCGACAAGCCAGUGCCAGAGAACGGCCCCGCGAGGGGCAAAGCGCACAGGAGCUGAGCACCUCUGACACCUCUCCCAACCCCGCCUCACCCCGCCUCGCCCCGCUCUAAAGGGACAGUGUUACUGAGCAUUAUUCUACAGCUUUAAUACAGGUUUGAGUUAAGGAUGAGAGUUACUAAACCUCAGAAUCAGAUUUUUCUCCUGAUCAGAUCGAUAUUCCUUUGAAGUUUAGAUGUUAAAUGAUGGUCAUUUAUUUACACAUUUAUGGUAAGGUCAGUGCUCCAUAACAGAUCAGUGUGUGUGUGUAUAUAACAAAUAAUGGGGAAAAAAACAUUUUACACUUUAACAUCUGAUCUGCUGCUUCUCGUAAGUGUUAUCACAAUGUCAAUAGUGUCACAUGGCUCCGUUACACACACACACACACACACACACACACACGCUCUCCCAGUGUGUCAGGUGGUGUUCUGUCAGCUUGCCAGUUAAAGCUCAUGUUCAGAUCUGUUUGGUUCCUCCAGAUGAUUACGGCUGAAACCGACGCAGCUCUUCGUCUCCUUCCUCCUUUCACGGGUUUCACAAGAUUUUUUUAUUUUUUU